CUCAGCGACUGAGUGUCAAGAAGUCAUCACGGGCUCGUGCACGCUACGGGCUCGUGCACGCUUUGAUCACGCAUCACCACCAACUUCGAAACCUCACAACUCAAUCAAAUAUGAAUGGAUUUCUACCAAAUUGAAAUACAAGAGCCUUUUGGUGUUUCACUUUCAUUCUAUAACCACCACGGAGUCGUCGUGCCAUUUGGGGGGGUUGCGCAUUCGCUGAGGCCGGCCAGAGGUUGCCUUCACAACCCCAUCCUCCCCCUCGCACUCCUGCUCAGCAGAAGGCUCCUCAGGAAUAGCGAAUACAACCGUCUUAGCCUUCUGCUUCUGCUGCAUCAAUUUGCUCUCCUCUUUAAGCUGCUUGUUGAACUCACGUGCAUAAUGAGCCUCAUCUGCAGCGCGCUUCUUCUCGCCCUCAGCAUCUAGCUGAUGCUUUUUCUUAGUAGCUUUGCUAGCCUUCGUCAUUUCCUUAGUUCUUUGCUUGUCAUCCUUUGCUAGCUUCCUGCGCACCUUAUCCUCUGCCUUGCGAGCAAUAUCAGCUUCCUUAGCAUCCUCCUUCUCUUAGUGGAGCUCACGUGCCUGCCGCACCUUAUUAGAUUCUUCU